GUUAUGAUGGCAAAGGAUACGCACAAAGCAAUUUAACUUCUGGAUGUAUUUCUUAAUUUCUCUAUUGUAAAAUUGUGUUAAAAAUUGUUCAGUGCUUAUUUUUUUCUCUCUCAAAUUUGUUUGUAAUAUGUAUAGCAGUUAAAUACUGUAUAUUCAAUAACUAAAGAUCAUGUUACAUCUGUAAUGUCAGCAAGAUUCUCUUUUUUCCAUGUGUGUGGUUAGAAUUAUCUAUAGUUAGUCAUAAAAUGAAUAGAUUGGCAUCAAGCUAGUGUAAAAUAUUAAAUAUCUUUAAUUUUUUUAAAUCUCACUUUUGAAAUUACUGAUAAAACUACAAACCUUGUUUAGUAGUAAAACCAGCAUUGUUUUUUCAUGUAUAUGUCUAUACUAACACUAAAUGUACAGCAAUGAGUAGCAUGCAAGCUUUUACUGUACACAACUUUUCAUUUGUAACUUUGAAAUUCAAUGGGUUUUAUGAUUUAGAAGAAUGGAGGCCUUUCUUGUUCAUACCCUAUUUUCUAAUGUUUUUAUUGUCCACCAUCUCAAAUUCAGUUCUCUUAUAUUUAAUCAUUUCUAAGAAAGCCCUGCACUCUCCUAUGUGCAUACUAAUCAGUUUAAUGUCUGUGGUGGAUCUGUUUCUGCCAAUAUUUUUUGUACCAAACAUGCUGCUCAGCUUCUUAUUUAAGUGGAAUGGGAUUUCUCUUUUGGGCUGUUUGGUACAGAUGUUCUUUAUUCACUGUAUUGGUACAUUUCAGUCUACUCUGCUUGCUUGGAUGGCAGUGGAUCGGUUCUUUGCUAUAUGCAGGCCUCUUUAUUAUCACAAAUUUAUGCAGAUGCCCAACUUUCUAAAGUAUAUAAUUGUGCCAGUAUUCAGAAAUGUAAUCCUAAUUGUUACGAUUGUGUCUUUGGCAGGAAGACUAUCAUUCUGUGGAACAAAUGAGAUGGAUCAUUGUUUUUGUGAACACAUGGCAGUGGUCCAGCUGGCAUGUGGAGACAUUUCUAUUAACAAUAUAGUAGGACUUGUGACAGUCUUUUUAGUACCAACUGUAGAUUUUCUUUUCUUUUCUUUAUCUUAUUUUGUAAUUCUUGCAUCUGUGCUACAAUCUGGGAAGUCUCACUUAAAAGCUAUUAACACUUGUAUCACACAUAUAAUUGUUAUGGCAGUUACUUUAACUUUUGCUUUAAUGGCCUUCUUGUCUUACAGAAUAAGAAACAAUUUAUCCUCCAGCGCUCGAGUCUUUCUGAGCACAAUGUACUUACUUUUUCCAAGCUGUUUUAACCCGAUUAUUUAUGGAGUGAGAACAAAAGAAAUCAGGGAACAGUUUCUGAAAUUCAUAAAACAAAUAAAGAUUUUACCACACCACUAGAAUAAUGCUAGAAAAUCGAAGCAUAAUGUAAGAAUAUUUUUCAAAAAGAAUCAACAUUUAACAUGGAAAUAUAUAUGUAUUUUUAUCUUAUAUAUCUUUAUAUUUAGGGCAAAUAAUGUUUCC